UCGACCUCCAAGACUGCCAAUUGUAACCCAUUCGACGGCUUCAAGAUGCCAAUUGCCUUCAUACGCUGUGGCAGUACUAUUCACCGCAUAGUGGCGAGGAGCGCGUACUCACCAUGCGCUGCCCUCUCUUAUAGCAGCUAUGUCUUUCAAGAGAAUGACAUUGUCCUCGUUCAGAAAAAAACCGACCCCUCUGCCAAGCAGAUCCUCUCCAAGCCCCUACGGCCGGGGAAGAUCGUGAACACCAGCACCGGCCACAUCGAUCAUGAAUCCAUUAUCGGGCUAUCUCCGCGCGCGAUCGUCUCGACGGCGACCGGGAAGGGGGAAUACAGGGUAUAUAGACCUACGUUGGGAGAGUAUACAAAUUUGACGGCACGGAUUGUCACGCCUGUCUAUCCCGCAGACGCAAACCUAAUCAUCUCCCUCCUCGACCUCAACCCCACCGUCCCCGACCCUUCCUCCCCAUCCCCCUCCCCCCCGCUCGAAAUCUUCGAAGCCGGCACUGGCCAUGGUGCACUAACCCUCCACCUCGCGCGCGCCAUCCACGCAGCCAAUCCAGCCCCUCCUCCCAUUCCCUCCCGCGCGCGUCCCGUCCCAGCCCCAGACUCUGAGGAAAGCACCUCCGACGCAGUAGACGCCGAGCACCAAGCCGCAGUCGAGAAAUGGGAAGCCUACAAACCCACCCGCCGCGCCGUGGUGACCACCUUCGACGUCAGCGCCCGCCACAGCGCACACGCCCAGACCGUCGUCGCCGGCUGGCGGAAGGGGAUGUACGAGCACUCCGUCGAUUUCCACGUCGGUUCCAUCUCGGAAUACAUCUCAUCACGUCUUGCCACCUCGCUGGAACCCUUCCUCGACCACACGAUCCUCGAUCUGCCGGACUGCCAUCUGUAUCUUGAGACUAUCUCGCGGGCGCUGAAGGAAGAUGGCACGGUGUUGGUGUUUUGUCCCAGUAUCACGCAGAUUAUUGCGUGUGUGAAGCAGGCGAAGAAGGAAGGUUUGCCAUUAGUGCUGGAGACGACGUUGGAGAUUGGGCAGGCAGCUGGAGUGGGGGGGAGGGUGUGGGAUGUUAGGGCUGUGAGGGCUAGGUCGUUUGUUAGGGCUGAGGCGGCGGAGGCGGAGAAGGUGGAGAGUGCCGAGGGUGUCGAGAGCGGGACGGAGGGUAGUGGAGCAGAGGCAGUUGCUGAAACCACACCGAAAGAAGCUGAGCAUCUUAAACCGGAGGGUGAUGGGUGGAAUAUGGUCUGUCGUCCCAAAGUGGGAGACAGGGUUGUGGGAGGCGGGUUCGUGGGCGUUUUCAGACGCGUUGUCAAGUAAGGUCGUACAAUUGUAUGUCUUGGCUGUGGGAAUAAGUGUAUCAUAGUUCUGUAUACUAGGGCGUCUAACUGUAUCUGGGGUUGUAAAGCCCUGCCUGCCUGCUUACUGGCUUCAAUUCGACAUAUAUUCCAACAGUUCUUGUUCUGCUCCUUCCUUCUCCUGUAGCAACAAGGAAGUAGCCACUGAGCUAAGGUCCAAAC